GAAAGCGAAGAUGGCAUUGAAGGAGAUGCUGUACUCUCAGAUUAUGAAAGUGCAGAAGACUCAGAGGCGGAGGAAGAGGAUUACAGUGAGGAAGAAAGUGCGAAAGUGGAAUUGAAGCAGGACAGCAACGAUUCCUGUGAAUCUGCAGCAAAAGCCGAGAAGGGGGAUGAGAAACCUGACUCCAAAGGUGCUGUAACUGGUGAGAGACAAAGUGGAGACGGGCAGGAGAGCACUGAACCUGUUGAGAAUAAAGUUGGGAAAAAAGUUCCCAAGCACCUGGAUGACGAUGAGGAUCGGCAGAACCCAGCUUACAUCCCACGCAAAGGGCUCUUCUUUGAGCAUGAUCUCCGAGGGCAGACUCAAGAAGAGGAGGUCAGGCCGAAGGGUCGGCAGCGGAAGCUGUGGAAAGACGAGGGCCGCUGGGAACACGACAAAUUCCGAGAGGAUGAGCAGGCCCCCAAGACCAGGCAGGAGCUGAUCGCGCUUUAUGGCUAUGACAUCAGGUCAGCUCACAACCCCGAUGACAUCAAGCCGAGGAGGAUGCGCAAACCAAGGUUUGGGAGUCCUCCUCAGCGAGACCCAAACUGGUCCAAUGAGAGGCCGAGUAAGCCGCCAAGACACCAAGGCCCAGACAACGCUUCAACUCCACCGCGAACGUUCACCAACAGGAGCUCCGCGGGUACAGGGAGAAUGCCCCCGCCUAGGAACUAUCCACGGAUGGGUGGCUACAAGGAGACCCGCCCCAGCUAUCGGGCUUCAGAAGCAAGUGUCCAGCAUCUCUCUCGAAACGGUGAGCAGGCCAAGCAGGAAAGCAGUUAUCGAGCGAAGCGUGUAGAGCAAACCCCGGCGAGAGACAAGUCACCUGAGAUGGAAGUGGCACAUGUCCACAGCAGCCCUGUGAAGGAGGAGGUUGCUUUGGAAAGCCAGGCUACAACUGCCGAUGCUGCACAGCCACCGCCAGACAGACCAAUUGAAAAGAAGUCUUAUUCCCGGGCAAGGAGGACCAGAAUUAAAGCUGGGGAUGCAGGAAAGUUGGCAGAUGAAGUACCUGCUUCAGAAGGGCUGACGCCUGUGCCAUCCAAACCUGUGCAAGUGGAGACAUCCCCCCCACCAGCCAAGAGCAGUAACUGGGAAUCGCCAGUAGAAUCCAGCUUGGAUGGACUCGAGCAAGAGAUGACGCAAAUGAAUCUCACUGAGCAGAACUGGACUCCAGGGCAGUCUCAGUUCAUACAGCCCCGGGAGCUUAGGGGUAUUCCUAACCAUAUGCACGUGGGAACUGGGCCGCCGCCUCAGUUUAACAGGAUGGAGGAAAUGGCGGUGCAGGGGGGCCGUGUGAAACGCUACUCAUCGCAGCGGCAGAGACCGCCGGUUCCAGAGCCUGCCCCCCCUAUGCACAUCAGCAUCGUGGAAGGGCACUACUAUGACCCACUACAAUUCCAGGGACCAAUCUACACCCACAAUGAGAACCCUGCCCCGCUGCCUCCCCAAGGGAUGAUCGUACAGCCGGAAAUGCACCUCCCUCAUCCAGGUUUACAUCCCCACCAGACGCCAGCCCCAAUGGCAAACCCUGGGCUGUAUCCUCCACCAGUCUCCAUGCCUCCGGGCCAGCCCCCUCCGCAGCAGCUGCUUGCACCUACUUAUUUCUCCCCUCCUGGAGUCAUGAAUUUUGGGAAUCCUGGCUACCCUUACCCCCCAGGAGCACUACCCCCACCGCCCCCUCCUCAUCUCUAUUCCAACACGCAGGCCCAGUCCCAGGUGUAUGGAGGGGUCACAUACUACAAUACUGUCCAGCAGCAAGUGCAGCCCAAACCUUCUCCACCACGAAGGACAUCCCAGCCUGUGACUAUCAAGCCACCACCACCUGAGGACAGCAAAAGUGAAAAAUCAAAGGAGAGGAGCAACACGUAAGGAUGUGGCCGUGGGAAUCCGAACACCAGACUUGGCACCUCAGCAAGGAGGAAGCUCCUUCUUGGAAAAGGCUCCUUCCCUGUGCGUAGGUGAGGCAGCAGCCUGAAAUCUGCUGCACCGUCUUGUGCUCAGGGCCAGGCACCUUCCCUCUCUGGUUUUACUGGUGCCCUCCUGAAAAACCAUAUCUCUUGCUGCUGCUGAUCUGCCCUCCUUUCCCCUUCCCUCACUGGGGCACAGAGGUCAUUGAAGAAUCAACCACAAGAGUCGGUCCUUGGCCACAAGUUCUCGCAACUUCUCCCUUUUACUAAACGUCCACCCUUUUCCCUUUCUAGGAUGUUAAACUAAACUGGCUUGAUUGUGGUCUCUGUUUUUAUUUAAGAAAUGAACCAGCUCCUUCAGUAAAGCUGAUUUGUUUCUUUUGGGUAUUUUGAAUUUGUUUGUCUGGCUAACAGGAACGUAACAUCCCCCUACUACUGCCACCGUCCCCCCUUCCUCCCGCCCCGUGGAGACAGCUGAUAAGUUAAUUCUUGUUUUCAAUUCUCUUUUAAAUUAGCAAGUUUAUUUCUGCCAUUGUUUAAGGAUAGGGCGGGCAGCUGAGUGUUAGGAGUCUGUCAGGAACGCACUGGCUGUGCAGUCACCACUUAAUUUAGAAGCUCCUCCUAUUUCUUUUUUGGAACAAGCCCUGUUGGUAACUGUGGUGUUGGCAGUUUCUGUCCGUGUAUGUGCAAGCUCUCAGCUCGAAUCAGACAAGAAUCCGUGUGCAUGAGCAUAGGGCAAACCCCUUCCCCACUGUUACAAGUGCAUCUUGCAGAGCAGGGGGAGAUUUCCUCCCACCUCGCAGACCUCUGCUAAAUCAAGAGGCAGAGAGAGUCGUUUACAGGCACCCAGGCAUCUCAACGACUGUCAGAACAGCCCUGCCAGCGGCCAAACCAGCUAGACGGGGCAAGCACGUGAACGAUUUGCUUCCAGCACUUGGGUGUUGCUGCUGUGGAAGUGGAAGGUGGUGUCCUGACCCGCCUUAACGCAUCCAGCACGGUCUCUCUGAUCCCUGAGGAGGAAGCGCUUCAGCCGGGCGCGUACGAUCAUGAAACCAGGUGCCUCCCUUCGGGACCCUGAUGGCCUUGUUCCCUGCAUUAGGAUUCUCGAGCCAAUCUGCUGAGGCAACUGGCGCUGCAGCGCUGCGGUUGCCGAGCUGGCCGGGCUGGCUGGCCCUGCUGCAGCGACACGCUGCCUCUCUGCAGCGCCGAUCCUGCAGGCACCUCACCAGGCGGAGCAGCCGCGGCUUCCAGUCACGCUCGGGCUUGGCGAUGUCCUCGCAGCCGUUUGCAAAUUGCAUUAGGAAACUUGGCACCGAGGCUGCUAAUUCCUGCCGCUCGCCCUGAGCGCGUGCUGGGGCAGCGUGUGGAAGUGCCAGCUGCUGGCGCAGGCCUCUCGGCAAGAGUGGGAAAGUUAUUCCUUGUAAGCAAGCGGUGUUUUGGCCUUCGAGUUCCCAUCUGUGGCGAGGGAGGGGUGCCCAGAGCACCCACCUGCCUGCUUUCAGUUUGAGAUCUUCUCAUGCAUGCCUGGCUCUCGAGCAGAAACACCUCCUUUGUUUGUUGUUUGUAACUCGAUGACCUUUUGUACCUAAUUUCAGAUGUCAAAUGACAUUUUAAAAGCAGAAAUCCUUUAUGUUUUAAAUGUAACUGUUUCUCUGCCUUAAGGCUGAAAUGUAUCCUUUAACAUAUCGGUCGCCUGACUGAAAUCCUAGACCUUACAACACUGUGAUGGGUUUUUGGUUUUGUUUAUUUUGAUUCCUGUUCGGUAGGAGUGCGCGUUUGUAACCAGCAUUGUAUUGACACGGAGCUGAGAAGACGUUUUAGAAAAUA